ACCACCCCCCGCUUGUCAGACCUCAAUGUAAAUUUGUUGCAAGAAAAUUGUUAUUAUCUCUUAUUUGUUCAUACAAAAUACAGCACAAUGGCUUCUUCGUCAGCCGAAAAUGCUGGCACCAGCAAACAACAUGAAAAUGGAGAUGAUUUGGAGCCGGGGGCAUGCAUGGAAAGCAUUCUGAAUCCGUCGGAUUCUUUUGAAGAGUUUGCUUCUGAAAUGAGCUCAAGUCUUCAAGAGAGGAAUAAGUUGGCUGCUAAAAGCAGCACUAUUAGUGAAAUACAGAGUGAAAUCGGUGAAAGUUCAAAGGAUUUGAAAAGUGCGAAGUCUACUGACGAUUUGCAAAACAAAGAAGAUCUAUCAGGAUCGGCUAGUAGUUCGAACCUUUGUGAACAAAACGGAGAUGAAACUGAUGAUGAUAAAGACUAUCUACAAUCACCGGAGCUUGUUAAUAAAGAGAAACAUGUCUUUAUACUCAGUUCAGCUGGAAAACCCAUUUACUCAAGAUAUGGUAAUGAAGAUAAACUCGCAGGUUUAUGCGGAGUCAUACAGGCCUUAGUCAGUGUUGUCGAAGACCAGAACCAGGAUAUCUUGAGAUCCAUCACCACUAAAGACUGUAAGGCGGUCUUCUUAGUCAAGGGUCCACUUAUUUUGGUCGCUGUUUCUAAGUCUAAUGAAAGUGAAACACAGUUAGUUCUGCAGUUGACUUAUGCAUUUAACCAAAUAGUAUCAGUUUUAACACUGACACAGUUGAACAGAAUUUUUGAACAGAGAAGAAAUUAUGACUUGAGAAGACUUCUAUCUGGAGCUGAGAGACUGAUAGACCAUCUGCUAAUAUUUAUGGAAAAGGACCCAGCUUUCUUGUUAGGGGCCGUCAGAUGUCUUCCUUUACCAGAGAAGGCGCGAGAGAAUAUUACAAGCGCCAUCAUAUCGACAUGCCACAAAAUCAGGGACUUGGUGUUCGCUAUCUUGUUGGCUGGUAACCAGCUGAUCACCCUAGUACGAAUGAAGAAGUAUACCCUUCAUCCUUCAGACAUACAUCUUCUAUUUAACUUAGUAAGGAGUUCGGAAUCUUUUAAAACAGCAGAGAGUUGGACUCCAAUAUGCUUGCCUAAGUUUGAUGCCACAGGCUUCCUUCACGGGCACGUCUCCUAUAUUUCCGAGGACUGUCAGGCGUGCCUACUGCUACUCACAGUACAAAGGGACGCGUUCUUCCCUCUAUCGCAAGCCAAGCACACCAUUGCUGAGAAACUACGGAGGUCGAACUGCCUAGUCGCUAUCAACGACGCAUUGAACAGGAAAGAGGAGUUACCCACAACGAAUCCACUAAAACACAUUGGUAUACCAGAAAUCAGACACUUCAUGUACAAAUGCAAGUCCACUGCGCAACUCUUCACUUCGGAUCCUAUUAGUUUAGAUAGAUUACAGGAUUACAGAAUAAGGCACAAAGAAGGUGGUGAUAUAACGGAGAAAAAAAUUGAAAAGAUGUCGGACAUAGAUUACAUAAGGAAUUAUAGGAACUUUGUGAGCCAAAUACAUUGUACCUCGACACCUGCAAAAUUGAUAUUCAGGUCUAAUUCUGAGAACACAGUUUUGGCUUGGGUAACGAGCGGCUUCGAACUGUACGUCACCUUUGAUCCCUUAAUGGAGAAAGACCAAGCUAUCAAGGCAGUAGACCGUCUCCUCCGGUGGAUCAAGCGUGAAGAACAAAGGAUAUUCAUCAUGAACGCUCCAACAUUCUAGCAGAAGUUCUCCGUUCCCUCAUUCAGAAAGAGCUCUAUGAAGAACUCUCUGGAUGAUGAAGUGGAACUACUGUGAAAACUGUGAUGCAUUUAACCAGAGAAAAGAUAAGUGAUUUUAUGAAAUUAUGUACUGUUGUAUGUUGAUGAUAAUAUUUAAAUAUAUCAGCUCUCGCGGCGUGAGAACCGCACCGCGAAUUAUAGCGAGAGCUUUGUCCAAUCGCCGUACGAUGUCUGUCUACGUAGAUAGCAUUCACUGCGUCUAUUGGUCGAAACGCUUGAUAUAAUUUGCGCCGCGGUUUUAUGUCAUGUUAUGCCGGUACGCUUGCCGUGCAGAGCCUGCUGGAGAUUAUUAUGAACUGAACUGAGAAAAUAAUGCAAAUAAUUUGUAGGGAAGGACUUUUCGAAAGUGGCCUAGUAUAUAAGGGGUUAAAAAGAGCUAUCUUUUAAAUUAAAUACAAAUUAAGUGAAUGCGAAUCCGAAAUUAGCGAAUUUAAAUAAUGGUUUUCACUAACAUCUUUAUGUCGAAACUUUAAAGAAAUAGGUACUUAUAAAAUACCCUAAAAUGUAAAGAUGUGCACCUUGUCUUGGAGAAUUAUUUUUAAAUUAACUUUACACUACUGUAGAUUUUUUUUUGUUAUAUUUUUUAUUACCAGAGAUAAAGAAGUUUGAGCAGUGUUUAUAUUGCAAACUUCCUCACAAAAUUGUUGUUAUGAUAUUGAAAAUUAUUUUGCUAUUCAGUAACUGUAGUAUUAUUCCUUAUUCUAUGACUGUUGUUAUUUUGAAUAAAUUUCCACUAGAAAGAAAGAAUAUUGUUACUAUCAAAAUAUUGCUCUUUGACAGUAUUCAUUAAGUGUGCCAACUUUUCAAGCUUAAAUUGAUCCUAUAUUUAAAUUAAGCUAAUGUAAAUCAUGUUAAUAAAAUCAUACCAUUGAUUUCACACCUAUAUGCAUCCUAAAACAUUCUAUGUUUGUUACUUCACACACAUUCAUAUCACAUUAACAUUUCUGUACGUAAAAAUAAGUCGUAUUUAAAGUUGAUCUACUCGCUUUCUU